AUGGGCAAACCCACCGCCUUACCCAAGAACUGGCCGCCAUCACUCCCUUACCUCCAGGAGCCCUGCUUCGCGCCCCACGUCACCAAAGCGCAGCAGCAGAUCCUCCGGACCCGGCCCCGGCCCCGGGACCCGGAAUCCGGAUCGACGGAGACGGAGAUGGGGGCGGACGCGGACAUCAUACCGCGGGACUUCCCGCGCGGGCCCUCGUCCCUCGCCCGCAUCCUCCCCAUCACCGCGCCCGAGUCGCACCCGGCGCGCGGCCAGUCCGGGCUCUUCGCCGCGCGCCCGCUCCCGCCGGGCACCCUCGUGCUGCCGUACUACGGCGUCGUGCACUCCUCCUCCUCGCCACACGCCACCGCCCACCACCACGAGCAGCAGUCCGACUACGACCUAUGGCUAGACCGGGACGCGGGGCUCGCCGUGGACGCGGCGCGCGCGGGCAACGAGGCGCGCUUCGUCAACGACUACCGCGGGGUCGCGGCGCGGCCCAACUGCGAGUUUAGGGAGUGCUGGGACCUGCGGCGCGGCGAGAGGUGCAUGGCCGUCUUCGUCCUGCGCGCCGGGAAGAAGAACGCGGGGAACAAGAAGGCCGCAGCUGGGGUCGCCAAGGGGGAGGAGCUCCUGGUUAGUUACGGUAAGGGGUUUUGGAGUAAGAGGAGAGACGAACUUCGGGAUCACGAGGGCGUACCUGAUGACGUACCUGAUGACGAGGCUCCUUCUUGA